AUGGAGGCAAAGGCUGCAGAGCUCCUGGCGGCCUUCAAAAAUCCCAAUCUCUCCGUCGAUGCCAAGGUCGCCCACCUGACAGCUAUCAAGUCCGAUAUUAAACAGAAGAAUGUCCCCGAAGGCGCUAUUCCGACGAUUUUCGACACUCUGCGACUCGCCUUGACGUCCCAACACUAUUCGGUUCUCGGUGCAGGCUUCUCCACACUUGGCCACUUUCUGAAGCGACUUUCGAUUCAAGACCAGCAACAAUGGAUCGUGGGCCAGGCGCGGAACUUUUAUCCCGUCCUGAUGGAGAGACUCGGCGAUCAUAAAGAACGUGUGCGAGCCCAGGCGGCGUCGAUCUUCACUGAGCUCUGGUCCGUGGCGAGUAACGAGGUUGAAUACUACGUUCUGGAGACCGCACUGACGGGCAAAAACCCGCGAGCCAAAGAGAUGAGCAUGCUCUGGCUCUCUAAUAUGACAAAAAAUCAUGGUCUGUUGUUCCGCCAAUAUGUUCCUUCUCUGGUUGCGUGCUUGGAGGAUGCAGACAGCGCGGUUCGAGAUACGGCAAGAUUAGUCGUGGUUGAAUUGUUCCGAAACGCUCCCGCGCGAGCCAAGUCUGAUCUGCAAAAGCAGCUGGUUGCUCGCGGCGUGCGCAAGUCAAUUGCUAGCGCCAUUAUUUCUGGCAUUGGGCUUGGCGACUCGGAGCUCGUGAGCUCAAACCGGCCCAUCUCUCGUGCCGAACGCCCUAUUUCGGUGAUGUCCUCACGUUCACAUGCUAGGGAACUAGUGGAUGAUGAGCCAGAACCUACUAAAACCCGUCCAGUAUCCUCAAGAGGCCACCAUGAUAGAUCUACCCCUGCUCCAGAAGCCCCGUUAAGGCCCAAGACCCCGGCCGAGCAACCGGCCAUGCAGCAAAUCUCCCAAGAAGAUGAUGGAGUCGAGCCCUUCCUUGUCUCAUCCGCCCGAGACAUCGACGAUACCGUGCGAGACAUGCUUCCCUGGUUUGAGGGCAAAGAAUCCGAAGACAAUUGGUUGAAACGUGAAAAGAAUGUUAUUCUGUUUCGCCGACUCACUCACGGUAAUGGUCCUCACGACUUUCCUCAGAGCUACGUUCACGGCGUCAAAACCCUUCUUGAUGGAAUUUUCAGAGUUGUCAACUCCUUGCGAACCACGCUCUGUACCAACGGCUGCCUGCUGAUGCAAGAUAUUGCUCGGACUUGCGGCCCAAGACUCGACCCCAUGGUUGAAAUUAUCAUGCAGAACUUGAUCAAGUUGUGUGGAGCCUUGAAAAAGAUUUCCGCUCAGAGUGGAAACGCCACGGUCGAUGCCGUUCUUGGGAACGUAACAUACAAUGUUCGCCUUCUGCAACACGUCCACUGGGCCUCCCAAGAUAAAAACCUACAAUUGCGUCUCUUUGCGGCUGGGUGGCUCAGGACUCUGAUCAACCGACAGGCUCAUCAAAAGAGCACGAUUGAGCAUGGCGGUGGUCUGGACCUUAUCGAGAAGUCUCUUAAAAAGGGUCUGGGAGAUGCCAACCCUGCUGUACGAGAGGCUGUACGCAGCACUUUCUGGACCUUCUACGGUGUCUGGCCCGACCGAGCAAAUGCCAUCAUGGCGACUCUCGAUGCCAAAUCGCGCACUCUGCUGGAAAAGGAUUCAUCGAAUCCCAAUGCCUCUAAGGUCACAUCUACACCCACAAAGAGUGCCGCUGGCCCAGGUGCCAGCCGUUCCGCACUGAAAGAAGCCAUUGCAGCUCGCAAGAGGGCGAUGCCUCCUUGUCGCCCAGAGUCCGCCCAGUCUGCGUUUAUUGACUCAGAUCCUGCUCCUAGACCCUCUGCUCGGACUGUACCAACGGGGGCACCUCUCUCUUCUCUGUCAUCCGCACCCAUGCGACCUGCUAUGAAGCCCCGCCGGCCUGAGAUCAGUCGUCCUGCAACUGCGGAUCCUUACGCCCGUCGGCCGGACUCAAGAGCAGCUCAAGCUACGGGUAAACCGGUCAGCUCUCCGAGAUCCGUGCGGUCCAAGGCAUCUACACCCUCAUCUAAACCCAUCAACGCGCCUCGCCUUCGACCCCACGAUGCUGGACAAACGGGCACCACUAGAGGCAAGCCUAAGAAGCUUGACCUCUCAAAAUCCAAGUCCCACGGGGACCUCAUGGCGGCAAGCCGUGCCCGUAGUGACUCUGCCGAAAGCGUUGCGCAUCAGUCAUCCGUGCAUGCUCCCCAUACCGACCAUCGAAGCGGGUCUGAAGAUCGCCACUCCCCAGUGCCUAUCGUUCUGGAGAGCCCACCUCUUUCUGCAUCGCAGCCAACACUUGCUCGCAGCCAGCAAGUUAAUCCUGGCCACGUCACUCCAGAGCCUAUUGAAGAACCACAACCGCUUUCACCUGCUGAACCUAGCCCUGUGCGAGCUUCGCCAGGUAUCUUUGAAUCCGAACAGGCGACUCCGUUGCGUCCUGCUCCUUCACUAGUCGACGCCGAACCAACUCCAAAGCCACAGCCCGAAGAAAUGGUAAUAUACGAGGACCCUGAUACGCCGAUUGCCGCGGAGCCUACGACACCAAAGAUGUCUCCAGUCCGCCAUUUCUCUCCUGAAAAGUCACCUCGUCACCUCGAUGAGCAGGAGCUUGGAGAAGCCUCCAUCCCAGGUACCCCGGCUACCUUUGAGACCCCUAUCAAGAACCCUGUACCGGAGCUGGCCCCUCCCCAGGAACACACCAACGAUGGGCCCAACGAGCCCCGGUUCCCGUCACCCAAGAGGACGCCACUUCGGGGAACCCCCUCUCCCACCAGGAAUCGUCCUCACCCUACACCCUCUCAAAAUGUCCCUACUUUGGUUUCUACAUCACCACCAAAGCCAGCUAUUGCAGAGACCUUUGAGAGCAGCGCAAAUAACGAGAAUGCUACUGCGCAUGUUAUGAAGGCUGCAGAGCUUACUGCGACUCCACGAUCGGUUGCCAAGCCUGGUGCGCUUGAGGAGGUCCCCUUGAACGAGUCCACUUUGCGCCUGCCUACAGAGUCACGAAGCCGGUCCGUUGAAUCUUCAGUCCAUCCAACGAGCGAAGAACCAGCAUUCCGCCGCAGUCGGAAGUGGGCAGAGCGGCACCGAAGCCCUAGCCCUCGAUCCAAGGAUCCUGCCAAUGCGACGGAGAUGCUAAACAAGGCCCUUAGCCGAAUUGCCUCUCAGACUAUGGACAUCUCUGGAUAUAGGAAGCUGCAGGGACUGUACCAAUACCAUGGCGAGGAGAUCGUCUCUCGCGAAGAGGAUUACUAUGCCAUGCUUGAAGCACUGCUGCGUGAGCUGGAGGCGGCACCUACCAGCCGCAAGGACCAUGAUGUGAAGACCCAGAUUCUGGCCACCAUUCGCUCAAUGCUUCUUCGGACCAGCGAGCUCUUCCACCGAUACGACGUAGCCACCAUGGCCUCUCUCAUAAGAGCUCGUCGCCACUACGAGUCAAACUCGCACUUUGUGACUUGCUUGGAAGAGGUUGCAGAGCAGUUGGCUUCGUUGAUUGCACCGCAGACGGUCAUCGAGGGUGUGCUUCAAGGCAUGGAUCUGGGUAAAGAUGCUAAGAGCGAAGAUUCCUACCGGUCUAUCAUCAUGGGACUAGCCACUGUUCACCAGGCGCUGUCUCAAGGGCCCGUCGAGCUAUCGGACGAUAGCUUGGCCAGUGUUGGCGCGGUGGUCAGCCAGCAACUGGGUCAUCCCCGCCCCGGCGUGCGGAAGCAGGCUACUGAGUUGUGUACCCUACUCAACCUCAAGUUCGGCCUCGAGCGGGUUCAGAAGGUCACUCCGCCCGCUGGCGAGGGUUCGCUCAACCUGCUCACCUAUUUCAUGGCCCGUCGGUCCCAAUGA